UGUGUAGCCACGCCCUUUAAUAAAAUGGCAGCUCACAAGCUGAGACAAAAUAAGAAAAAAUCUCCUCAUGUAGAGAACAGAGAUGGUGACUCUGAGAUUGACCAAACGCUAAAGACCCUUCAGAAACCAGCAGCAUGUAACUUUAUACUUAGCAUGGUAGAAAGGUAUAUUCGUUCACUCUCUUCACCUGAUCUUGUCGUCUCGUCACUACCAAACAAAGAGAAGCUCCUUUCUCUUAUUGAUAGUUAUAUAUUGUUAGUACCUACUGCUGCUGCUUCUUCAUCUGUAGAGUGGCCUUUCAAUGUGUUUGAAGAAUUGGAGCUCCUAGAGGCACUGAGAGGACAAGUAGAAGAGAGACAACUGAGCAAAGAGAUACAGCUAGCAUUGUUUGAUACUCUUUUUGGUUUGGCAGAUGAUGAUGAGGUAGCAUCAGCGCAUCGACUGUCUUUAUUGAAGAAACUCGUAUCAUUAAGUAUCUCUGGGCUGGGGAAUGGCACAGUGCUACACUGCACCACUUACUGGAUGGAGUUAUAUCCGAUUGCAGCUGCAGAACUAGCUACUAACAUAUACUCAGAGUUUUGUGAACUAUUGCCCAAUGCAAUGGAGCCAUUGCUGGCACUAGGCAAUAACUGUCCAUCGUUUACUAAGCUCCUCAUUCUUCAUCUUACAUCUUCAUUCCCUAUAAGCUCCAGUAGUUCCAUCGGUCAUGCUUCAUGCCCUCCAUUGAGAUGUAUUCAUUUACUCUCUCAAUGGAUCCUAACUAAUCCCGAUUCUCUAACCACCUUCCCUGAUACUAGGGACUCUCCGAUUCUCAUUCGAUCGCAGAGAGUCAAACGCCCCAUCAAUGCCCCUCCGUUAAUGGGUGUGGCCCAGUGGGUAAUACUAGAGCCUCUAAUACCCGACCAGUGGAUAGUGAGGAACACAGAGAGAAGACUGAGAGGGAGGGACGAGGAGAAGCAGCUGGUCACAGAGUACAGGAGCUCAAUGUCACAGCUUCAUGCUAACCUAUUGACUUACCUCAUGUCUCUCUCGAGCUCUCCCGUUCACAUUGCAAUGACUAGUACCAGCCUUUCUUCACUGGUUGGAAGACUCUUAGAGUUUCAACAGAAAACAGCGACACUCCUCCAGGAGGAAAAGAACAAGACUGAGCUCUCGUUGGAAAGACUGUCUCAGUUUUUGCAGAUUGGUCUCGAUGUUGGAAUAGUCUCACUCAAUCCAGAUUUUUUAACAACCCUACUAUCAACUCUACCCAAGAACAGGCUACUUAACAUUGUUGUCUCCCACCACAGAAAAGGAGUGACUUAUAAAAACUGAUUAAUAUCACAUUUCUCAUCAUUAAUUCAUUAAUUUCAUGCCUAUAGUAUAAUGAUACAAACUA